AUGAGGCUGCCCACCGAGGGGGACAUCACCGCGAAGAUGAUGCGGGGGAGAUUUACAACUUAUUGGUACCGGUGGAUUAUUAUGUUUUCCGUCCAUCAGUUUUUAUUCGCCUCGGUGGCACAGAGCGACGGGAAUACUAUUCGAUACCAGACCAACGAGGAGGACGCGCCGGGCACGGUGAUUGGAAACCUGGCCAAGGACAUGUCCUUGAGUCCGUCUCACUCCUCCAAGACCAAUUUUAGGAUGAUGAAACAAUUCAACGACUCGUUCAUCAGGGUGCGGGAGAGCGACGGGCAGCUCACCGUCGUGGAGCGCAUCGACCGGGAGAGGAUGUGCAGACACACUCCACAGUGCCUCAUCACUUUUGACGUGGUGAAUUUCUCCAAAGAGCGCUACAAAUUGAUCCACGUCGAGGUGGAGGUGAGGGACAUCAACGACAACUCUCCGGAGUUCCCGAGCCGGGAGUCCAUAGUGGAGAUCUCGGAGAACGCCGCGGUGGGGUCCCGGGUCCCUCUGGACCCAGCCGCGGACGCAGACGUCGGGUCAAACUACAUCCAAAGCUACCAGAUCUCCGUCAACAGUCACUUCACCAUUGACGUGCUCCUGAGAGCGGAUGGGGUUAAAUAUGCGGAAUUGGUGCUAAUGAAGGAGCUAGACAGGGAGACUCAGGCGUCAUACACCGUGGAGCUGGUGGCCACAGACGGCGGGAACCCACACAGAUCAGGGUCAACAAAGAUCACCGUCAGAGUGACGGACUUUAACGACAAUAGCCCCGUUUUUGACCAGAACAGCUUCUCGGUGAGUUUGCCCGAGGACGCACCGGUUGGCACAGUCAUCCUGAGCCUGAACGCGGUGGACGCGGACGAGGGUUCGAACGGGGAGGUGGUGUACCGGUUCGGGAAACAGGUCCCCCGCGAGAUCCGAGAACUUUUCCACGUGGAUAGUACGUCGGGCCGCCUGACGCUCAGGAGCCCCGUGGAUUUCGAGGACAAACGCACGUACGAGCUGGACGUGCAGGCGACCGACCUGGGAUCCAACCCGACCCCCUCCGUGUGCAAAAUCAUCAUUCACGUCACCGACGUCAAUGACAAUGCCCCAGAGAUCAGCAUCACCCCCAUGACCUCCAUCACCACGGGCAUCGCGCACAUCAGCGAGGCGGCGGAGCGGGACAGCCUGGUGGCGCUGAUCAGCACCUUGGACAGGGACUCGGGUGUGAACAGCCAGGUCCACUGCACCUUGUUCGGCCACGACCACUUCAAGCUGCGCCAGGCGUACGAGGACAGCUACAUGAUCGUGACCGCGGCCGUCCUGGACCGGGAGAGGAUCAGCGAGUACAACUUGACGGUCAUGGCCGAGGACUUCGGGUCGCCCCCGCUGAGGAGGAUCACCCAGUACACCAUCCGGCUCACCGACGUGAACGACAACGCCCCUCACUUUGCGAAGGCUGUGUAUGAAGUUUCCGUGGUGGAGAACAACGCCCCGGGCGCGUACAUCACCACGGUGGAGGCCAGCGACGCGGAUCUGGCCAACAAUGGCAAAAUCACAUACAGGCUCGUGGACAGCGUCAUCAUGGGCUCCCCAGUGAACACCUUUGUGUCUCUGAACUCGGUGUCUGGCUCCAUAUACGCACUGAGGAGUUUUAAUUAUGAGGUGAUGAAAGUGCUGGACGUGCACAUCCAAGCCAGCGACGGGGGGUCACCCCAGCUGCAGAGCACAGCUGUCGUCCGGCUAAAGAUAGUUGAUCAAAAUGACAACCAGCCCUCCAUCAUCUCGCCGCCGCUCUACAAAGGCUCUGCUGAGGUUUUCCUGCCCAAAGAUGCACCUGCAGGUUAUGUGGUAACCCAGAUAAAGGCCACAGAUGCCGAUGAGGGCAUAAACGCACAGCUGUCCUAUAAAAUCACAGAGGGGGGGCACCUGGGCUUCUCCAUCAACAAGGAGACAGGGAAGGUGCACGUGAGCAGACAGCUGACAUAUGAUCUCACAGACAAUGUCAAAGUCACAGUGGCGGUCAGUGACAAUGGAUCCCCCGCGCUCACCUCCUCAGCCAUUAUACAUCUGAGCUUUAUAGAAGGGACCCUCCCGAGCUUGCCUUCCUUCGCCCCCAAUGGUGGCGAGGAGCUCUUUGAAUGGGACAUGUCCAUAGCCAUAAUUAUUGUACUGGCAGGGAGCUGCUCUCUCCUCCUGCUGGCGAUCGUUCUCAUUACAACCAUUUGCAGCCGCAGGAGAAAAGAGACGAGGGAGAGGGGGUGCGAGGAGAAGGAAGACAUGCCCAACGUGGAGCAAGUGGAGAGCGGGCACAUCGAUUCAGUGAUUGCCAGCCACAAAGGGAAAGUGUUUGAUGCCCAUCCAUUUCCAGAGCAGCCGCAGUUGGCCAGCAGCAACCCGACAGACACAGGCUGCGAAGAUGGCAGGCAGACAGCAGGCAUCUUUGAGUCCAACAGCAGGGUGGCGGAGGGCAAAUUAAAGGGCUAUUCUACGUUGCCGGGAUAUGGGAAGGAAACCGUCAGGCCCAUAACAAUAUGGAAGGGCAAUUCCUUCACAACAAUCUCAGCAAGAGAUCCUCACAUCAGCGGCAAGGACAGUGGGAAAGGGGACAGCGACUUCAACGACAGCGACUCGGACCUGAGUGCAGACGUGCACAAGAAAGAGUCGCCGCCAAUGAACAGUCUCUGGGCGUGCACGAGCGAGUGCAAAGUGCUGGGACACUCCGACCGCUGCUGGAGCCCCUCGGCCACCAGGCCCAACACCAGCCUGGCCUGCGCGCCGCACCUCUCCACGUUCUCCAAGACGGCUUCGCUCCCCCGGGACAGCAGGAGGGAGAACUACUACCCGGCCCACAUGAACAAACCCACCGGGCUGCAGAGUGUGUACGAGAAGGUCCAACACCAGGAGUUUGAUUACAUCCUCGUUGGUCCGCAGACGCCGGCCAGAAUACAGGAAGCGGACGAGAUAUCGAUUCCGGAGUAUGCAAACUCGUAA